AAGGAGUUCGGGGAUUGACAUGAUUUCGAGCCCUGUCGCGUGGGGGCCAAACGGCGGGCGUGGGGAAAGGUCAGGAGCACUUAUUUACCUGCCCUCUCUCCCCAGAAAAUCCAAAAAGAGGAAAUUAAAACGCGAAAACGUUAACAAAAGGGGCGAGUAUAAAUAUGUAAGAAAAAAAAUUAGGGGAAAAUUAGGGCAAUUUCUGGCACUCCCAGCGGCCGAGCUCCAGCUUCAGAUCUGCCACGAUCUGAUGCUGUGUUCGUGAAGCUGAUAGCUGUCUGAUCAGAUCUAUUUCGUGAUUCCCAGUUAACGACAAUGUCUGGGGCUGAACCGCCAUACGGUUCGGGUUUUCCCAGCAACCCGAACCCGGCUUCUCAACAGCAGGUGGCCGGCGACAUGCGCUUGAAUUAUAAUGCCGACGGCAUGGCCGUCUACAAGCCCGUCGCCGCCGCCGUGUCGCCCACUUACCAUCAGCCCGGUAACGGUAGCGUCCACGGUGGUGAAGUCGGGCCUGGGCUCACGGGUGAACCCGUCAAGAGGAAGCGGGGCCGGCCUAGGAAGUAUGCGCCCGAUGGCGGCUUGACGCCAUCCUCGGCACAAGUGCCGGCGGCGGCGGCGGUUCAUAGCAGCGGGUUCACUUCUUCCCCAGCGGUUGGGAUGGCCUCGGCCACAGCGGGCAAGAAGAAAGGCAGAGGUCGGCCGCCAGGUUCGGGCCGGAAGCAGCAAACGGCAGUAGUUGGAGCGGCGAUAGUUGGAUUUGCCCCCCACAUCAUUUCAGUCAAAGCUGGAGAGGACGUGUCAGCAAAAAUAAUGUCGUUCUCUCAUAAUGGCCCAAAAUCUGUCUGCAUUUUGUCUGCAAAUGGAGCAAUAUCUAAUGUUACAUUAUAUCAAGCGGCAACUUCUGGUGGAACUGUGACUUACGAGGGAAGGUUUGAGAUUCUCUCUCUUUCGGGCUCCUUCCUUCUAUCAGAGAGCGGUGGUCACCGCAGCAGAACUGGGGGCUUGAGCGUGUCUUUGGCUGGUCCAGAUGGCUGUGUUUUGGGCGGUGGCGUGGCAGGGCUCCUAACUGCGGCAUCCUCAGUCCAGGUAAUUGUUGCUAGUUUCACUGCAGAGGGCUUGAAGGAGUCCAGAUCUUCAGGCAAUCUACCUGAUCCUUCAUCUGCUCCGUCAAGAUAUACGCCCGGGCUAUCGGCCGGUGAAAGCCCACCAUCGCGCGGAACUGUCAGUGGAUCGUCCGGCAUUGCUCUAAGCCCUCUUAGCCAUAGCACAGGAGCCUGCAACAAUUCACAAGGCAUAGUACAUGUGCCCUGGAAAUAGACUGGCCGGUUGUCGACAACGGUCAUGCUCAGGGGGUGCAUUUGGUUUUCUUUCUAGGCGUCGAGAGGCCUCCUUUUUUUCAUUUAUCAUGCUGAUACAGAACAUUCACCAUCCAAUAAAACCUGUUCAUAAGUAUGUAGAGUGCGCACUCUUCAGUCCUGCGGUCCUUGCAAGUUGCAUUAAAAGAUUCGAGUAAAGAUUUCGCAUGUAAGUUCUCUGGACGAAGAAGUAAAGUGAGAGAGACAACAGGACAUGCUUGCUGUGCUGGGCAUUCCAGUUAAUUUCGUUUGAUUAUGUUAAGAGUGCACACUAGUUUCUUCUUCA